GUAGUGAAAACAGAAAACCGGUCAUGGGGGCUAGUUAACGAUUCUCUCUACCCGCGCGACGAAUGAUUACCUUACCUUUAUUAAAAGUUAAUAGUAAUAUUGAGUAACCCCCGGAUAAACGUGUUCGUAGGCUUAGAUAUUCGCGAAAUGGGGGCCUACUUGUCAGAGCCAAUAACCGAUAAAGUAUCGAGCGACGAAGUGGGCGACUCUCUAGCAUUCGGCGCCAGUUCCAUGCAAGGCUGGCGAAUCAGUCAAGAGGACGCGCAUAAUUGCUGUUUAAACUUUGACAAAGAUGUGUCGCUGUUCGCUGUUUACGACGGUCAUGGUGGACACGAAGUGGCGACAUACUGCGCCCAGAAAUUGCCUCAGUUCAUUAAAGACACGGAUGCUUAUAAGAAUGGGGACAUUGAGCAGGCCUUGAAAGAAGCGUUCCUAGGGUUCGAUGCGACGCUCGCCAAGCCAGAAAUUGUAACGGUAUUGAAGGAGAUAGCUGGGGCGAGUUGCGGAGCUAAAGAAAAAACAGAGGCUGAAGAUUCUGAUGAAGAGGAAAAUGUAUGCAACCUUAGAAUGGAGGCUGCCAUGCCGCUUGAGCAAGUGAUGGCAAAGUAUCAGUCGGAAGUUGCCAAUCCAGCGUUAAAAGCACUGAAAAAGGAAAAAGAUGGCAAACCGGCAAGCCCUUACUUGCGAGCACGAAGAGGCGCAAGGGAUAAGGCUGGUUCUUCGUCUCUCUUGACUGCCGGCUGCUCUUCCUCCUCCUCUUGGCACGACAACGAGGCUGACGUCAGUAGCUCCAGCAGCCAGCUGUGCGGAUCAACCUCAAUCGCUGCCUCUGCUGCCAAGGUGACACCGGAAUGCAUCGGUAGUAGCGAGGCAGAGCAGGUUUUGGAUUCAACGACUAGUAACGGAGAAUCGGGAGUUGUUACAUCACCCAAAGUUACAGAGACGGUCAAGUCCAGUGAUAUGCCCGACAGCUCUGAGGAUAUCAAGGAACAUGUGUCUCCCAGCAAAGCUCAGGUACAGCCUACCACCAACGAUACAGAAGUUAACGGGACUGGGGGCAAAGCCGAACAUCAAGGUGCCGACAGCAGUAAAGGAGGAGGCGACAAUGUAACAAGCAGCUCUUGUUCAACGGUGGAAAACGGCGAAGCCGAGCAGCAGGAAAGAAUCAGCAGCAGCGGUCGAAGGAGGCCCGUCAAUUAUGAAUUACUGUGCGUUAAUGACGGCAGUGAGGAGGACGACGACGACGAGGAAGACGAGACCUUCGACGGUCUUCCUGAAAGUGAUGACGAAGAUGAUGAUACAGAGGAUGUUGACAAUGUUGAUGACGACGAUGACAAUGAUGAUGAUGAUGACAGCGAUGAAGAUGACAUGGACCCUGAUGAUGACGACGAUGAAUGUACCAUGGAUAUGACAGAAGAACCUGGCUCAGAUAGCGGAUGUACCGCAGUAGUGGCUGUACUAGCAGGACGGGAGUUGUAUGUUGCGAAUGCGGGAGAUUCCCGAUGCGUUCUUUGUCGUAACGGACAAGCUGUUGAGCUGAGUCUUGAUCACAAGCCUGAGGAUCAGCCGGAAAUGCAGAGAAUCGUUAAAGCAGGUGGAAAGGUUACUGCAGAUGGCCGUGUUAACGGUGGUUUGAACCUCUCUAGAGCGUUAGGAGACCACUCCUAUAAGCAGAACGCAGCACUUCCUCCUCAAGAGCAAAUGAUCUCUGCUGAACCAGACAUUAAAACAGCUACAAUUGAUCCUGAACAAGACGAAUUCAUGGUACUUGCCUGUGAUGGAAUUUGGAAUUUCAUGUCUAGCCAAGAUGUCGUGCAGUUCGUUAGUACCAGAUUUAAACAGGGGUAUGAGACUAUUUCUCAAAUUUGCGAAGAGCUCUUUGACCAUUGUCUUGCACCGAAUACUCUUGGUGACGGAACCGGCUGUGACAAUAUGACUGCUGUAAUAGUACGUUUUAAGAAGCCAAGUGCUCCGAUACCAACUACGACCGAGGCAUCUGAUAUGACAUCAAUCGCAACGGAGAAUAAGAAAAGACCGGCAUCACCAAUUCCUUUGGCAAACGAAGGUAACAUAUCCACAGGUGAAGAAACGACGCCAGAAUCUAAGCGUCAAAAGACCGAGACUGUCUAGGAAGUUAUGCUAAGCUUCACUAACGUAUCUCUGCAACCUCUUGAGAGUGACACAAUGAUAAUAAUACGGCCGUUGUAAAGUUUUGGAAAUCCUGCUGUGCGAAACUUGAAUUGCAAAAACGGUAAAAAAAAUAAAGGUAAAAACCGACAAAAACUGUGGACUUAAUAAAUUGAGAAAUUGGCGAACUUCUCAGUAUAAUAGUUAUUUUAUGAUUGAACAUACACAGAACGAACGGAUGAAUGAUGAAUAAUAAUAGUAAUAGUGUAAAACCGUCACGUCUGGAGGAUUGCAAUAAUCGUUAGUGUUGAACAAUGGUGGCAGACUGAUUGAUUGGAGCAGAUUGGGGGCUGACGCUUAUAGAGUUUGUUUUAAAUUUUUUUUUAAUGAGACAUCGUUAAAUAAAUCUGUUGCCUUUCGAGUUUAAUGGGUAUUUGAGGAUCAGAAAACAACAUAAUAUGUUAUAGCUUCAGUGUCGCGGCAUAUUAAUGUAUAUGAUGCGUGCAUGGAACAUUUGAUUAUCGCAAACCGUUGUGUGAAAAAGAUGUGGCAAACUUAACGAGAGGAAAUGGAAUUAGAUUCUCCUAUCUGCUCCAAUCUACUCUUAUGAUGUGUACUCAACUGAGAGUUCUUCUAGGUUACAGGUGUAAUAGGUAUGUAACUGUACAUAUUUAUAAAUCUAGGAUGUAGGAUUAAUAAUAAUAUUUGUAAUUCAAUACGACACCAUUUCUUAUUUUUACUAAAUAAAGUUUAUUUUUGAAUUCCUGGUUACUAUAUGGUUGUAUGGAUGGUUGCGUGACUAUAAUGUUAUCUAGUUUAAUCUAUUUCUCAUUAUUAUUAUUCUUAUUAUAAUUAUCAUUCUUAUCAUUAAUAUAAUUGCCCUUGACUACGUGUCUACAUGAAUUAAGUUCAGUGCUGGUAGUAAUGAAUGAAUACUGUUUGCAGUAAAUCUUCAUGAUUAUUUUUCUCUUUUAAAGUAACUUUAUUGUUAUAAGAGAAUGAAAAAAUAUACGUUAUGUACAUUUUUUUUAUCUACAAACGUUGAUGAUGAUGAUGAUAAUGAUCCAAUCUUAAUAGGUCUAAGUUGUUGACGUAAAAUACAAUUUUUUUUCUGUUCUUCGCUUUGAAGCGAAAUAUGAACGAUGUUUAACAAUCCACUCGAUCAUCGAAUAAAUUGCGGUUCAUGGCAUCUACUGUAAACUACAAACAAAUGAAAAAAAAAAUAGAUAAAAGAGAAUCGCCUGUUGUUAAUCUUAAAUGUCAAAAAUUAAAUACGGAUUGAAGUAUUAAAUUUGACCGUGUAUGUAAUAAUGAAGAAAUGCUCAAUAACGAGUAAUAUUGAACAGUUAAGAGAGGGAAGGCGAUCCUUGAACGUGUGCCUUUUCAAAUUAUAUGUGGUGCAGUAUACAGAUAGGUUAAAUAGAGCCAGUAACCCAAAGCCCGUUUAUUUCCGUGUUUAAUUAUUAUGUUAUAAUUUUAUGUAGUCCGUACGUAUGUAUAUAUACAGCAAUGUAUAUGUAUACACACGCACGGCAUACACAUCUCGCUAUGAGUUUUUCCUUUAAAAAUAAUUACAUCACACAUGAUUUAUGUAAUUUUGGGAGAAAAAAAAAACUCGUCAAUUAUUCUAUCUAUUAUUAUUCAUUGUUUUGGAUCUUAAUUCCGUUUCUCUUCGUUGUGUAAUUACUGUAAUUUAUCUAUAUGCUCAGCCCAAAUACCACCCUCUUGUAUUUUUCAUUAAUUACACCAUCAUAAUAUUGUAUACACCAGCUGAUAACAGUGUUUAUAAUUGUAUGCUACAA